UCAGUAUACAGCACUUUGCUAAAAUGAUAUUUAGUAUAUUACAUUUUCACAGGGGAGAAACACACUUUUUCAUAGGUUUUGAGAAACAUAGAAACAGGAAGAAUUUUGAAGGUAUGUCUUUGAAAUACACUAAAAUAUUCCCUUCCAUCCCCUGUGUUUUUUAUAGAAUGUCGAUUCAUAUUCAAAAUUUCUUCCUCUGCCUCUGUGUCUCUCUUACAUCGCAGUAUUUUGCAUCACAUGAACGGAAACCAUUCUGUCAUUCAACAGGAAGGAACGCAUCAGUGCUACAUUUCUCUAAAACUGCUGGGGAGCUACAUGUGUUUCAUUACCUGUUAAGAUGAACAGAAAAAUUGCACUAAUUUUGGGAGCCUUGAUAACUCUCUCUGUGGAGACAGACUCCAGCCCUGCAGAGUCUCCUGUUUAUAGGUUAAAGGGAGCAUCUGUUCAUCUCACAGUGGAGGGUCUUCAACAUUCACAGAUCAGAAGAAUAUCAUGGAGAGCCAACACAACAGACAUGAUGGAGUACACACUGGGGGACACUGAACCAGAGUACUUCAAAGAUUAUGCAAUAAGAACACAGUUUGAUAGUAGCGACUUCUCUCUGCUCAUUAAGAACUUAAAUGAGACUGACCAAGGCACCUAUACUGCUGUAAUAUUUGGAAAAGGCGGGGGUGUAUCUGACAAGGCCAAGUACCGUUUGUAUGUCCAAGAAACCGUUGCCAAACCCAUUAUACAGAUGAAUAAUUUGACAUUAGACUCUGCUGAAGGAUUCUGCAAUGUGUCAGUGAACUGCUCUGUGAGGGACAGCUGGGUCUAUUACACC